GGAAGUCGGCGGCGGCGGCGGCGACCUCGUGACCCCGUGUGAGCAAAGCCACCCCUUGGCCAGCCAUGUGCAUCAUCUUCUUUAAGUUCGAUCCGCGCCCUGUUUCCAAAAACGCGUACAGGCUCAUCCUGGCCGCCAACAGGGACGAAUUCUAUCACAGGCCGUCCAAGUUAGCAGACUUCUGGGGGAGCAACAACGAGAUCCUCAGCGGGCUGGACAUGGAGGAGGGCAGGGAAGGCGGCACGUGGCUGGGCAUCAGCACGCGCGGGAAGCUGGCGGCGCUCACCAACUACCUGCAGCCGCGGCAGGACCCGGAGGCCCGAGGCCGAGGCGAGCUCGUGACCCACUUUCUGACCACGGACCUGGACAGCUUGUCCUACCUGAAGAAGGUCUCCGUCGAGGGCCACCUGUACAACGGCUUCAACCUCCUAGCCGCUGACUUGAGCACAACGAAGGGAGAUGUCGUUUGCUACUACGGAAACCGCGGGGAGCCGGAGCCCAUCGUCCUCGCGCCAGGGACCUACGGGCUGAGCAACGCGCUGCUGGAAACCCCGUGGCGGAAGCUGUGCUUCGGCAAGCAGCUCUUCCUGGAGGCCCUGGAGCGGAGCCAGGCGCUCCCUAAGGACGCCCUCGUCGGCCAGCUCCUGGACGUGCUGAACAACGAGGAGGCACAGCUGCCUGACCCAGCCAUCGAGGACCAGGGCCGGGAGUACGUGCAGCCCAUCCUGAGCAAAUAUGCGGCCGUGUGCGUGCGUGGCCCCAACUACGGCACCAGAACCAACACCAUCAUCCUCGUGGACACGGAUGGCCACGUGACCUUCACGGAGCGCAGCAUGCUGGACAGGGACCCCACCCGCUGGGAGACCAGCACCCAUGAGUUCACGCUGCAGAGCUAACCCCUUCCCCGGGCAGGUCUGCGGGCUCCUGGGAGGCCCUGGCACAAGGAACCUUCCAGAGCCACACUGCACUGCCUGUGACUUGGCCAGGGCCCUCUGAGGUGUGCAUCCCCCAUCUUGUGUCCCCCUUUGCCCAGCUCGGGACCCACUCUAUGCCAGUGGGGAGCAACAGAGGCUGUGUGAGGUGUGGAACAGCUGCACAUGCGCUCUGUGUGUGUGUGUACGUGUGGGAGACUGUGCCUGGGCUCACUCUGCAUGUGUGCACAGGCACACGUGUACGUGAGCACAGACAUGGAUAGGUGCAUACACCCUCGACUGAGCUCGCACUUGGGAACACACCACACGUGCACGCGUGACAGGUGCCACUGUGCCUACACCUGUCACUCAUGCCCCAGCCAGGACGUGUCUGCUCUGGUCAAAGUAAACAGGCAUGGACUUCUGUUUAAAUGGGGCCCUUCGGCUCUCCAGGGCUCAGAGCACUGCACACUGCCGUUCCCCACAAGGAAGCCACACUCAGAACAGUGGAUGCUGCCGUGGCCCCGCACAUGCGCACUGGGGUUCCCAGACAGUCCCCCUGGGGGAUGCCAGCCCCCUGGUAUGCACUGAGGACUCUCAGGCCCGUGCUUACCCGACAGGGGUCGUGCGUCCCCGGCAGGCCCACCUCAGCGAGGAGACAGAGCUGGCCCCUGCCGCCACCCCGCUUCACAGGAGUCCUGUACUUGAACCUGAGCUGCUGCGAAUAAACUUGGAGGCUGGGGCGAGCGAGUGCAUC